CCAGUCCUUGUCCAUCCAAUAAGUUGUGUAUGCCUGACUUUUUAUGGGACACCUUUAGCUGUGUUGAUGGCGUUUGGACACAGUGGACGUCAUGGACCGCCUGUCAUCUCCCAGMUUGUCCCAGGACACGUACACGAAACUGUACCAACCCUGCAGCACCUCAGAAUAUCGGUACCAACUGCAUCGGGUCAGAUAUGGAGACCAAGGAAUGUCAAAUACCAGUAGUUAAUACAACGGGAUGUGAAAAUCCGCUGGGUAUGGAAGAUCGAUCAAUCCUUGACUCCCAGAUCACUGCCUCUUCAAUGGCAGGUGAUUUCCCAGUUCAUGCACCACAGGGAGCCCGUCUGAAUAAUCAGCAUGUUUCUGGCGUUACCAUUGGUGCAUGGGCUGCAGGUGGGACUAAAAGGGGCGAGUACAUACAGGUUGACCUUGGUAGAGUCAAGAUGGUUACUAAGAUUGCCACACAAGGAAGACCCAGGAAUCACGACCAGUGGGUGACCGAGUACAGUGUGUCUUACAGCAACGACACAAGCGACUGGACAAGCUACCGUGGAGACUGUCUGAAGAAAUUUACUGGAAACGUCGAUAUGAACACAGUGGUGACCAACAAGAUUGAGAUACCGAUCAUUGCUCGAUACAUUCGUGUCAUUGUACAAGAGUGGAGUGGCCAUCCUACAAUGAGAAUGGAGCUGUAUGGGUGUACCCCACCAUGAAGCACAAACGAACACCAAGAAAUGCCUCGCUUUACAGCCACAAUUAGAACCUUGUCUUCACAGAUCACGUGAUGUCAGCCAUCAUUUAUGGAGCUGUAUGGCUGUACCCCACCAUGAAGCACAAACAAACACCAAGAAAUGCCUUGUUUUACAGCCAUUAUUAGAACCUUGUCUUCACAAAUCACCUGAUGUCAGCCAUCAUUUAUGAAGCUGUAUGGCUGUACUCCAUCAUUUAAGCACAAAGUAAUCCCAAAGUAAUCCCUUUCUACUUCAUGUAUUGAGGUUUCUGUAUUCAAGGAUCAAGGUUUAUAUCAAUAUUAAUUUAAAAGCACUUCGUUUCAAAGCCUAUAGACUCUUCUGAAAAGAGAGUAGCCGUGCUCUUUGAUGUCUUUUUUUACACCUCUUUCAAAAAGAUUGUCGAAGCCAAAGGAGAUAGGCGAUGGGAGAUAGGAUAAGAUCCAAGAAUAGACCAUAAUUCCUUUUGGUCUUGGGAUUAUCUACUGCAUAUAUCGUUUGGCACUGACAACCUUUUUGAAAUGGGUGUGCUCUAUUUCGGAAAAAAAGUUGGUGAAAGUUUUGUUGCAUGUUGCUUAUGUUACACGCAUUUAUUCUUUCUUAACAGUAUGUGAAUGAGUCUGAUGUACAUCAGCGCUUAGAGAAGGUCAGCUUUUUCGGAUCGUUGUCGGAUCGGUGUCCGAUCGGCGUCGGAUCUAUGUUGGAUCUGUGUCGAAUCUUUGUCGGAUCGCUGUCGGAAGCAGCAAACCAGAAAUACGAGAAAACGGAGUCGGAAGCGCGGAAGAAUCGUAAAAGGUUUCCUUCUUCAUGCACAGGUAGCCCAAGCUUGGUUUCUGUGGUGUCC